AUGCCGCCUGAUUUACCAGGGUUUUACUGGGAUGCGGAAAAGGGCAGGUACUUUAAAGUGGUGGCGAAUGGUAAAACUACUGUGAACCAACAAACCAAUGAAUUGACGCCGAUGGAAAACUAUACGCGAUCGUCUUUAAACUUGAAGAAACGAUUGUCAGAUCGUGUUGCCAAGAACCCUGUUCCAACGUCUGCGUUGCCGCAAAAUAUUUCUAUGAACAAACUUUCCGAUACUUCAAUCGCCAGCAUCAAAGCACAGCGUAUUUUUGGCACCCCGCGAGCGAUUAAACCGUUGUACACUGAUGAUGCCAUAUCGAACUGCGUGCAUUACGAUAAGCAGGAUCAAUUGAUAUACGGUGGCUCAUCUAGUGGGAAGUUUGUUUGUUUGAACCCGGGAGGAUUCGAACUUAACCCUGGACCGGGCCUCGAGCAGGCUAUCACGAGCAUCAGCAGCAACCGAACGUUUGUCUCGUUUACCCAGAACUCCGAUCAGGGCUCGAGCUAUGUGUUUAUUUAUUCAAAACCGACAGGUCAAUUCGUGUCCUGCCAACUACCCAAAGACCGUUUUGUAAAUGCGUCCCAAUGGCACAACAAAACGCUUUUGGUGGGAGGUCUAGGCGGAGUCCACGAGUUUGAUCCAGAAACCCAGAAGUUUAGCAGAGUGCAAAAGUUUGAGGCGAAUUCAGCCUCAGCACUGGACUCUGAUGGGGAAUUUUUUGCGGCCGGUUACCGCAACGGAACUGUCAAGGUUUACAAGGGAAAUGAAGGAAUCAUUAUUGACCAUAAUGCGAGCGUGACGAACUUGAAACUGGUUGAAGGCAGCAGGGCACUAGUUACCGGCUUUGACGAUAGAAUGUGCCUGUAUGAUCUUCGCAAACCGUCAAUUCCCAUCGUGGUGUACAAAAGCUAUCAUAAUUACAGCACUCCCCACGUCGGCCUCGCCCUGAGUCCAGAAGGCACAAUGGCGGCAGCGGCCGUUGACGAUGGCUCGUUGUUGAUCUACAACCUGCUCAAGCGCUCUCCGGUCUACUGUCCAUUAAAAGAAAACAAAGUUAAUAAAGCUAUACGCGGAGUGGAGUGGGUGGACACCGGGGAAAUUCUUAUCAACGAUGGCCACACCCUCAGCAUGGCCGGCUGGGGUCCGUCGACCCGGGCACUGCAGCCAGCGGGCCCCUCCGAGCUGCCAGGAGCAGUUCGAGCAUUUUGGGAACAGAUUCUGUAG